AUGUUGCAUUUUAUGAUUUGGCUGAUAUUUUUGCUUGAAUUCACAAUUGGAAAUGCUAUUUUUGUUACUGAAAUAUCACGACAUGGUGCACGAGCUCCUACCAAAUUAUAUCCUUUCGAUAUAGCUUUCUGAGACCCGAAUUUGCUUGGAGAGCUCACCCCUACAGGAAUGAGGCAGCAUUAUUUGAUAGGCCACGAAUUCCGGAGAAGAUAUACUCAAGUUACCCCUCUGCUGAGCGAAAUAUAUAACUCAAGUGAAAUAUAUGUUCAAGCCACUUCGUCAGACAGGACAAUCAUGAGUGCUUGAAGCCAGAUGCUUGGCCUUUACCCAUUAGGGACAGGGCCAAACGUAACAUUGCUGAAUACAGCACCUCCUAUGAAUAUUAGCGCCUAUACUGCUUCUAUUCAAAAUGCCUUAGGCAAGGCUGCACUUACAAAUAGUAUGCAAGUUAUUCCAAUUAAUGUUAUACAAGGCCCGAAAGACCACGUUUUGCAUGGCUAUGACUCAGAUUCUUGUGCAAGAAUCUCCCAAAUAAGUGCAACAUUGAAAAAUUCAACAGUAUACCUAAAUAAUCAACAAUACUGGGCUAAUGGUAUAUUAAAAACUAUUUCAGAAGUGCUAGGAGUCAAAAUCUCUACGAUUUCGUCUGCCUCAAACAUACAUACAGCACUUGAAUGUGAUUUAUACAAUGGAAAUCCAUGGAAAACAGGCAUGAAUGAAACACUUUUUGAGCAGCUUGCACAAAUUCAUGGAUUCUCGAAAUUUUAUGUCCCAUUCAGCGACGCUGAAGCUCGAAAUUUAUCAUGCUCAGCUUUUUUCCAGGAAUUAAUAGGAAACAUAAAGCAAGCCUUUAAUGGAGGGGAUUUAAAGUUUGCUUAUUAUUCAGCUCAUGAUACAACUCUUGCUGCGUUUCUCUCCUGCUUAGAUCUUGCUCAAGAUUAUAAUCCGCCAUUUGCAUCAACUUUAGUAUUUGAAGCGUAUCAAAAUGCUACUGUGGGCCUAAUUUACAACGAUGUUUUAUGGCUUUUGAUGGCUUUUAGAAUCCUAUUAAAUUAUAUUUAUCUCAUUAAUCCUGAAGAUAUCUCCGAUUUUCAAAAGUCAUCAGGAGUUUUCAUAUUUUCAACUUCUUUUGAAGCUUCAAAAAAAGAGAGAAAUGCCAUAUAGAAACUGGAGUUGGCAGAGUAUCCCUAUUCAUAGCUAAAAAGAAUUGACACUCUAUAACAGAAAUUCCAAGUUGCUCAAAUAUUUAGUAGUAGCAUUUUUUUUCCAAAUUAAUCUUUUUAAUAUAAUUUCCUGAUUAUUUUAUUUGAUACUUUUCUUUAAAAUAUAAAACUAUUAAUCAUUUACUAAUUUUUAUAGAUAAUAGUUAUUACAAAUAUUUACUGCCCUGUGGAUGAAUUUUAUGAAAUUUUAAAUUCCGCAUAUGUGCCAGAUCUCGAAACUGCCUGUAAGCUUCAAUAA